AUGACUGUUAUUGGUCUUCCUGCUCACCUAGUACUCUCACGAGAGGCUGUUUCUGAUAGCGUUGAAAGUACCUUUCAAGUGGUCCUUUCCAUCCUUGCCCAGUUUCCACCAACUCGUCCGUCACGCCCAACCGCCUUGCUGACCAACACCAAGGCACGGAGCACUCAACAGCCUGCCAUGACGGCCAGGGCUAUGUACGGCAAGGUCCCUGUCGAUUCGAUCACGGUUCGCCCAGCACCCAGCAUCCUGCUUGUCGGGUUCUCUCUGGCGUACCUAUCCGUACUCUCCACUGUACAGAAUACACCCAGCGCCCAUCCGUCAUUCAGCUUCCGGCGGAGUAGACAAAAGGCCGCAUCCUCACCCGACCCGGAAGAACCACCAGAGGAACCCCGUCGCCCUCAUCGUUACCUGUCCGCCACGCCUGCUACGCCCCGACACGACGGUCCGCUGGAACGCUACCCUUGGCUGGCCGUUGGGUCCUCUUUCCUGGUCUCGUCCGUUCUGCCUACAUCCUGCUUCCUUCAUCUGUCUCGCCCGGCUGCUGUCCUAGGUUUCAAGAUUGUUGAUGGCACCCUCACGUACAACGCGCCCUUGAUUGGCUCCCGUUUUCGAUCCAACGACCGCCGCUGGCGAGGAUCUGCGCUCAACAUGCCGUUUUGCUUAGACUUUGCACGUCAAGUUGUCAAUAGAUCACGACCCCUAAUUCUGAACAACAGACGACCGCCCGUCACCAUCGCCGACACGGCCUCAGCAACUCAUUCGCUUUCUUGUAUCCGAGCUCCUUUGGCGGCCUGCGGCACACCAGCACCCGAGGUAUACACGCUACGUGGGGACCGAGAGUCGCUCGGCCUAGCUGCCAAUAAUGUCCAAACCAGACAGCUCCGAACACAGGCGCUUCGGGUACAAACAUGGCUUGUCAGGCCCGACUAUCCCUUCCCGGCAUGUCUCCGAAGUCGUGUGGUCACGAAGAGUAUCUGGAACUCUGCUGAACUAUCCGUCCAAACACCCAAACAUCCAGUCUCAAGGGUAACCGGGCAGCGCAUUGCUAAUUCAGUCAUUGUUAGUCAGUCUCUUGCUUUCUACCCAUCAAACCUAGCCGCCCUAGACCAACCGAAGCUUUGUUGCCCCUCAAACGCCGGUUGCUCAAUCGGGGAUGAGGGCGCUCUCCAAGGCCUUUUAUUUGCUGCCGACUUCAAACUGCCGUCUUCUCGACGAUCGAUGAGACGGACAUCGUCCAGGACAGGCUUUCUGCAACCUCCUCUUGACACGGCCAGCAACCUUGGCCUGAUGAACUGCCAGAGAGCGGCUCGGUUGCGAGUUGCGAAUUACACUCCAACGCAACGUAACCCGCCCUACCUGAAGAUGGCAGAUUCACAACAACGGGCGAGAACGAGCGCCAAUGAACAGCUGGUUGACCUGUCAUGCCAGGCCAGGGCCACAAACGACUACCUCAAAAACCCCUAUGUACACAUGCCUCUCCGCCGUGUUGGAUCCCUUGGUGCGGUGCAGCCACCCCGAAAGACAUUCUGGACGGGGGACGACGCCGUUGUCACCUUCAUCCACGCUGCUGGACCCGAGCUCAUUCGUCAACUCACCUCCCGUGCUUAUUCGGUCCAUCUUAAGACAUGCCUCUCGUCUUUCCCCUCCGACACACGCCGAGUCUUUUCACAAACACAGCAGUGGAGCAAAGCUCUGUCGAUCUGCUGCUGUUCGCUCCCCCUUGCUCCAGUAUGUCCCUCCCACCAGGCAUGGGGAACGCUAUUGUACCUGGCCAGCAUCUAUGCGGGGGAUAUCCGCUCGACACCGACAGAAUGCCCCAUUAACGUUGCCAAUCAGCAUUACACCCACUCGCUUCUUCACUGCACCUUCGUCGCAUCCAUGUCCGAUCGAAACCACUCCAUCACGACCCAUCCUGAACGCUCACUCCCAAACCCUCACCUCCUCAACAACUCCGCAGUCAUAACAGGUAUCAUCCAUGAGCGGACCCCAAGAGCCCCUCGUCACUUUUCGACGAAAAGCCCCCGAACGGAAAGCAACUUCGGGAGACAUUGCAUUGUUUAUGGAAGGCUAGUGCGGCCGAGGGGAAAGGCAUACGUUCAACGUCAGCGCCACUUAGCUAUUGGUGUCACAGCCAACCGAUUCGCAGAUGCCACCUCUAGAACCACCCGCGCUCCAUCAUCCACGAUGUGCAGCACACUGGCGUUUUCUGGUAGGUCAGCGUCCUCCACACGGUCCCGUACCGGCCCGAUUCCCACGAACUUCUGGAAGACAUGGACGUCAUGCUCUGCAUCCCUCGGUGCCAUUUCCCCCACUGCCGCCCAAGCACUCAAGACUCGGGCAGUCUCGACUCUUCAGAGGCCGCGCACAGAUGGUCAGGCUUCAGAAGUCUCAUCCAUCCAACUGCAGAGAGACCUUUACCGGUGCCGGCGCACGACUGCCGGAGCGUCCCCCGCGCCUAAGUUCGGACGGCUAAGUCGCUCUGCAGGUGGAGUGGUAUCCCGCCCCGGCGUCGCCGGCGUCCGGGCCUGGCCUUUUUCUCGUUACUACGUUUUGCUGUUGGAACUAAUGUUUUCUAGUGCCAUGUAUGACUAUUCUGACAAGUCGGUCAGCAUUAUCACCUGGUGCACUGAGUUGACUGGUUUGACUGUGCUAUUUCACAUCGUCUUAAACUUGAAGGCCAAAACCUCAGGCCACGUUGAGUCAUUUCUUUCUUUUCGUUGUUGGAAAGAUGAGGGUGCUAGCAAGACGGCAUUCAUUCCGUUGUUGUCCAAGACAGGUGUCGUUCAAAUCGAUAACAUCUACGCUUCCCGUCUUUUGCUCCAGGGCCUUUCCCAUUCCGACCCGGGUUGCGCAUUACAAUACGGGCACGGUGUUUAUAUCUUGCCGUUAAAAUCGGAUCCCAUGCAAGUUUGA